AUUCACGAGGUUAAAUUAACCUGUUAUAAUAGCAUGUAACUCAGAGAAGACUGUCAACCUGACAGAAAUGGAGACAGAACAUUGAAAUAAAGUUAUUGUUAUUGUUAGACUCUUGUCUCGGUACGCACAUUCUAGAUAUGGCGGCGGUGUGCUACAACGCCACAUAAGGCAAUGUUUUACAAUGUACUAUUACUUGAACAUCGUUAACAACGUUUAAAAACGUUAAGUAUCAUCAGCUGACAAGACUAAACCAUUGAUAAAAUGCCUAAUAUAGAAUGUCAACAACACACCCUGUGUUUCUAUGUGGCACACUGGUGAUUUAGGUUAUAAUUAUAGUAUUUCAUAGUUUUCUGAACCACACCGUGUAAUUCUUAUUCUUCUAUGGCGUCAGAAAGCAGAUACUUUGAGUUCUUUUCGCUAAAUUCACUUGGAAAACAUAGCAUGAUGGUGAAGCCACAAGGAAGGGAGAAGGAGUUUGGUGAAGCUCAGGAGAAGGCAUUCCAAACUUCUACACCUAACUGACAUCUAGUGGUAGUGGCUGUCACAGCAGCUUUAGUUCACCACUGAAUUGAGAGCUUUGUGUUAAUCAGCUGGUCUGUGAAUUAUAUGUCUUGCCAGAAUGCACACAGUGUAAUAAUUCCUCUCAGAGGGACAAACCUCUCAAGUCUUUGCUUUACCUAUGCUGCAUACAGUUUAGAACGUGACAUCUCACAUGAGCUAAAAAUGUCAGGAAUUCUUUCACUCAUAAACAAAAGAGUUUGCUGUAAUUGUAGUGAUACAAUACUAAAGUGCUGUGACAGCAUGACAGGAAGCUAUGGCAGAGCGUUUUACAUUGUCAGGUAUGCACGGAGCCAAAGACAGAGAGAGCACUGAAUGGAGAAAGCAAAAACCACAGCAGAUAAACCGUAAACUUACUGGCUCACUACUGCAUUGCUUUUUUUGGUUGAGUUUUUCUGCAAAGCCCUGGUCCUCUGCUGGACCAGCUUUGUCACGUUUGACUCCUUGUCUUUGGUCGUUGGAAUCCCACAAUGCGUUGCAAAGCGAUUUCUUAGGUCCCAUAGAAAAUGACAGAGCUCUAACUCAGUGGGUCUUCACUGUAAGAGGAACAAGAAACAAGUCAACAGAAGUUUGCAAAAAUGUGUACUGAUCAUGCAGCUGUACAGAGCCAAAUCUGAUGACUUGAUUAAAAAUCUGACUGAAAUCUCUAAAGUACUGAUGGGUAAAAAUGCAAUUGUAUCCAUUUGAAAUGAAAUGCAAAAAAUGAAGGGGCCUGGCUCCCAACUCGUACUGCUGGAAACACUGCCAUAUAAGGCCACUUCAGUAGAGAUUAAAGCUUUCUGGCUUCGACUAUGAGUUACUAUUAUAAACGGGCAGCUCUCUCUCUUUCUCUCCCUCUCUUCAGUAUGACUGUGUGUCUCAUGGAUGUCCUCCUCAGACGUGGGCUCUUUGUGGCCCUGCAGCUUGCUGUCAGCAGCUCAGUCCGCCACCCUGCACUGCGUGCUGGUCUCAUAGGAGCACGUAGGACUAAAAAGACAUGGCCAGUGAGCUUCUCUCAGGACGAGUUGAGGAAACGUCUUACACCUAAGCAGUACCACAUUACACAAGAAAGAGGAACUGAGAGUGCUUUCACUGGUGAGUUCACAGAUCAUAAAGAUGAGGGGACCUACACUUGUGUUGUUUGCGGGGCCCCGCUGUUCAGCUCAAACACUAAAUUUGACUCAGGAUCAGGUUGGCCGUCCUUCUUCGACCUUCUGAAGGAGGAGUCCGUAACUCUGACAGAUGAUUUCUCCUAUGGGAUGCAUAGAGUUGAGACUACAUGCAGCCAGUGUGGAGCUCAUCUGGGACACCUGUUUGAUGAUGGACCAAGACCCACAGGGAAACGCUACUGCAUUAACUCAGGCUCAUUGGCUUUCCAGCCCAAAGACACGGCCCCCUCUGCCUCCAGCUCCACAGCUGAGGGUGGAGCUGCCAGCGGUUCAGUGACUGAUGGGAAGACAGAGCUCUGAGAGAGAGACUCAGGAACCACACAGGACUGAUGGCUGUGGCUGUGUAGGGAGAGUCAGAAAGUUCACAUAUAUAAAAUAGAUAGGAGUUCUGUGUUUGAUGUACAAAAUAAAGACAGAAGUGAUUAUAUGAGAAAGGAAGGAAGGUGCUCAGGCCUCAGACACAGACCAAACACUGAUGGACUUUUUUCAGAUUUUGUAAUGUUGCAGUCCAGAUUUUUUUUUUUUUAUUUAAGCAAACGGCUGCAACAUAACAAAAUGUGUAAAAAUGAAUGGAUCUGAAUACUUUCUGAAUGUACUGUAAGCGGUUACACGGGGAAGUGCAUGUUUCAAAAAAAAAAAAAAAAAGCUGCAAGACACACUGCAUAAACUGACUGCCUUAACUUUCAGAAUUUGUCACCUGGGUGUUAUUCUCUUUCAUGAAUAUUGGUCACGAUAACAUUGCAUUUGUAGAGAUCUGGGACCAGGUGAGGUUGAAGGGACAACUCUCUGUUUACAUACGGUAAAAUUCAAGAUAUAGUGCUUGAGGUGAUUUGUUCUUGCAGGAAAACAGCAUUUCCCAACAAAUACCCAAAUUUUCUCCACUACUUGGUACAAUGCCACCUAUGCAAGUGUCAUGUCAGCACUGACACAGACAAUAACUGAGCUAUGACAGAUUGUGGACAAAUAAUGUACUGUGUGGUCUUUAGGUCACUUCCUGUAUUUAUUCCUUCUUUAGUCCUUUGUUGUUCACGGUUUGCAUUAAAACAGUUAAUGGAUGAAUAAAAUAGUUAAUUAGAAACA